AUGAUAAAUUCUAGAGAAGAAAUUUUUGAAGAAAAUGAUGAAUUUAAUACUGAAGAAAAAAUUCGACUUGCUGCAAUAAAAGAGCAAGUUUUAGUUUUAUCAGAAGGAAUAAAUGAAAAUUGUCAUAUAUUUCGAAAUUGUUUAAGAGAUGGACAAAUAUUAGGAUAUAAAGAUAAACUUGCUAAACUUUAUUAUGAUAUUGCAUAUGCAAAUUAUAAAUAUUAUAAUCAAAGUUUAGUUAAAAAUAAUCUAUUAUCAGUUAAAAUAUGUUUAGAAAAAUGUAUUCAACAAUUUACUAAAAAACAAGAAAUAACUGAUAGAAUUAAUAUUAUAAAAGAUGCAAAAUAUCUUUUAGAUUCAGCUUGUGAUCUUUAUAUAAAAUCGAAUAUUCAACAAAAUAAUUUACCUAACAUUCCUGGAAAUGCAGUUGUACUUACUUGCAAAAAAAAUUGUACUUAUGAAUAUAGAAGUUAUUUUGUAGAAAAUGGUCUUUGGGUUAAAGAUGGACUAAAUUUAAAAUAUGUAUCGAAUCGAAUUCUAAAUAAUCUUCAGAAUUUAGUAUACAAUGAUAAAAGUGGAUUAGUUAAGAAAACUGAAGAAUAUGCGAAACUAAUAGAAACUAUCACUCAACAAGCACAACUAAAACGUGGUCGUGUGUCUAUUAAUGUAAAAUAUCAUAAAUUGAUAAGAAAAAGAAAACAACUUGAACAGAAUUUAGAAAAGAAGGUCUUAUACGCUCGUAAUAUAAAAGAAGAAGAUGAACAAGAAUCUUCAAAUACGGUAACUUCAGUUGUACUGAAACUUUUAACAGAAAUAAUUGAAUGUAAUUUAGAAAUUGGUUGUAUAGAUCAAGCUGAAUAUUAUAUAAAUAUAUUAAGAAAUAUAAGUGGAGAAAAUUUUCAAAAUAAAUUAAAUGAAUUUAAUUUAAGAAAAGAUUUAAUUAUUCAAUUGAAACAAAUUCUAGAGUCUGAAACUGCUUUAUUAUCAACACAAGAAGAUGAUGUAGAAUAUUUUAUAGUUAAAAAACCUGAAAAUAUUUCAUAUUAUAAUAAAGAAAUGGAAAAAUGGAAAACAAAUCAGUGUGUAAAUAAUAAUAAAUCGAUUUUAUUUAUUUAUAAUCCUGAAGAAGAAGAAAAUCAUUGGGAAAGUUGGUUUUGGAUUCCGAAAAAAGUUCAAGAAAUUUUUAAAUUGAAUAUUUACGAAAAUUCAAUUUUAAGUCAAUUUUUAAAACAUAUUUAUUCUAAUAAAACUACAAAUCUGUUCUUCGGUGAAUUACUUGAUAUGUUAGGAGAUGAAAAUAUUUUUGUAAAUCUUAAUGAAAUUUUAAAAAAUACUCUUUUUAUUAAUGAUCAAUUCAUUUUAAAAAGUAAACGAACAAAAAUUAUUCAUUCUUGUG